UUCCGGGACCAUUCGCGGCGGGCGGUGGAGGCGCUCUCCGCUCAGCUGCAGAUGUCGGACCCGCAGGCGGCUGAGGGGCUGGGCUUCUGGAGCCCCGCAGCCGGUCGAGAGCCGGCGGGCAGCGUCGGGGACGGCCCGGGAGUGGAGGGGAGCCAGGCGGCCGUCUCAGAGAAUGAAGAUGUAGAAAAUACCAAGGUCACCUCUCCAGCGGCUUCUGCCUCUGAUCCGGAGCCCCAUCCCUCACCCUAUAGGCCACAGAUGGUAUCUCCGGGGAAGGAGGAUGCUACGGAAGAGCCACGGAAAGCAGCCAGUGCCUUGGAGUCUCAGGCCUUGGUGGGGCAGGAAUUGCAGCCUACAGACCAGGCCCAGGUCCUCAACAAGAUGGCCAAGUAUCAAGCUCCACAGAGAUCUGGGGACAUCGUUAUGAUCCAGUCUGAGCACACAGGAGCUGUAGAUAUUCUUUCAGCUGAUUUGGAAUCUGCAGACCUUCUGGGGGACCACAGGAAAGUCUCCCCACCUCUGAUGGCUCCUCCAUGCAUCUGGACCUUUUCCAAGAUGAAAGAAUUCAAAAGCAAGCUGGGCAAAGAGAAGAACAGCUGUCUGGUGGUGAAGCGGGGUGAGGUGGUGACCAUCCGGGUACCCACCCAUCCAGAGGGGAAGCGUGUCUGCUGGGAGUUUGCGACCGAUGACUAUGACAUUGGCUUUGGAGUUUAUUUUGACUGGACCCCUGUAACCAGCACUGACAUAACUGUGCAGGUCAGUGAUUCCAGUGAGGAUGAGGAUGAAGACGAGGAAGAGGAGGAGGGGAUUGAAGACCCUGUCCCAGUUGGAGAUGUGGAGAGAGGCUCCAGGAGCUCCCUGCGGGGCCGCUAUGGGGAGGUCAUGCCUGUGUACCGGCGGGACAGCCACCGAGAUGUGCAGGCUGGUAGCCACGACUACCCUGGUGAGGGCAUCUAUCUGCUCAAGUUUGACAACUCCUACUCCCUGCUACGCAACAAGACUCUCUACUUCCACAUCUACUACACCAGCUGAAGGCCUGUGGGGACCAGGCAGGCGGUGUUUGCUGGCUGGAGUGGGCUGCCAGCUGGUGCCUCUUGUUUUGGGUAGGCAAGAGCUUGAAGUUGAGCGUGAGGCUCUUGGCCCUCACGCCCUGCCUGGCAUGCCUGAUGUUGACCCCACAUAGCUUUUGCCCUCCUUGGCUUCUGCAGGUGGCGGUGUAGUGCCCCUGCUCUGUGGUCCCUGACUCACGCUCUUCUUGCUUCAGACUCCAGCGAAGUCCUGUUAUGAAGGCGCCCAUCAGGCAAAAGCCCAAAAGCAAGUUGGGUGUUGUCUUUUAAAGACAGAUUUGUUUUGGUACAAGGUAUAUUAUUCCAGUUGCUGCUCUCUCCUCUCCCAGAGCCUUUAUUGCAGAUGCGUUCGGUGGUGCCCCCUCUCUUUUUGGAAGUGCUGGAAGAGGGAAAAACACAUUGUCCAUGAAGGAGCCCAGUUUCUUGCCCGGAGAAGGGUCUCCCCAGCCUCUCAACCACUGCCAUAUUCCCGCCUGCUGGUUCUUCGUGGUCUCUAGCCCAGGCUGGGAGCCCUCACUGCCUUUGACGGGUGUUAUUAGUCCUGAUGGUUCGCCUCUGCCUGUUUGCCUCCUCUUUUCCCUUCCCCAGGCCUGUCUUGGCCGUCACAUCACAAGAACCUCCAUGGACUCUAAAGUGAUGAUCAACGUAAGUAGGAUCUUCUGGGAAGAAAGACUGCCUCCAUCACUUCCUGUUUCAAGAGACUCUGUCCCUUACCAAGGACGCUGGUGGUUGAAGGGGCAAGGGUGGCAAUUAGGUACUGGAUUGAUGCCAGAACCCACAUCUUUGAAAGUCAAGUUUUACUAAAUUUUUUUCUUUUCUUUUUUUUUUAAAUAAAUCAAAGAAGGAGUAUCAUCUGAGAGAGAAAGUUUAAAAAGAAAACACUCCAGAUUCCCCACUGCUUUUUUCUUUCUUUAGAGUAGGAGCAUUAUUUAGAAAUUUUGCUUUGGAACCAAUCAGACUUCCAAAAUUUCUGUAUUGAGGUUGCACUGAGGGCUUAAAGCUUUUGGUAUCCAGAGUCUCUUAGGAAAGAUGAUAAUGAGACUCAUGGGUGCUGCUGGUUGGAUUUGUCCUUUGCCAGGCCAGGCCUUGCCUUUCCCUGGCAGGGCCUCUCCCGCUGUGUGACCAGGGGCCCAGGAGCGCCGCAGGCGCUGCAGCCAGCGGUCACUUCAGUGGCAGGGUGGCCGGGCCUCAGGCAGAGCAGGGAGCACAGCAGUUGUCGGUACCUCCUUGUUUCUUACUCCUUGUGUCAAGUAAGUUACCUCCUCAGAAUUUUGAGGAAUAAUUAGAUUUAUUUAUUACUUUAUUUAUUUUUUUAGCAUGUCUUUUUAUCUUUGAAACAGUUUCCUCUGUUUCAUAGAAGGCUUCCGUUUGCCACCUCUUCUGCAGAGUUAAUGUUUUAGAAGAAGCUGGGAAGUGAUAAUGUUCCAUUCCUGCAGGUCAGUCCUAUGAUGCUUUGGGAGGAAUCUGCCCCUUCGAAGAUGGGUGGCGCUAACCUACCCCAGCAUUCCCUGUGUGGAAUUCUGGGUUGUGAGAAAAUCUGCCCAUUUCCCCGGGUCGAGUACUUGAGUAAGCCAAUCAGAGAUAUCCUGUGAUUCUAGGAUGUCAAAGUCUUUUGCCUCCUCUGAGGGGUCACCUUCUUCAGGAUAUUUUCUCUGGCUCAUUCGUUCCUGUGUGAGUGCCUCGCGCCAGGCCUCCCCUCCAUGUAAGAGCAGGAAAUGGAAGAACAGGGCUCCUUACUGAAGUUCUGUAGUAGCAUCUGCGUCUUAAGCAAAGGGUGAUACAGCCUGCACCUUCCAUUUCCCUGGACGCAAAGCCCCGCGUAGGGUGGGAUAUGGUGGACUGCCAUGGCCUCCCCAUUCUCUGAGCAGCAUCACACCACCAUUAUUUUAUAUUUGGGUGCAUUUUGUAGAGGAUUACACUGGCCAAAAUUUAUAUACCUUGUAAGAAAUUAGAAAUUAUUUUCUUGACUCUUUUUGGGCAGCAAAAAGCCAACCUCCUCUGCGUCAGCCCAUCAGAUAACUGAAAGACCACUCUUUCAUCAUUGAUGGUGAAUCAUGCCUUUGCUAAUAUAAUCUUUAUAAAAUAAUUUUCUACUGAGCUGCUCUCCAGUCAGCUAAAGCCUUGCUUAUUUUUCUUGCCUAUUAUUAACUUCUGACUUUCCCUUAAAAUGGAGCUGCCAGACCACAGCAAGCUCUCUGGAUAACACUUACUGUUUAUUUUUGCUGUGAGAAUCUCUGUACUUACUUUUUUUUUGGAAUCCUACUUCUGUUGCAUCAGGGAAGCCUAAGGGACUUGUUCCCAUUGCCUCUGUGUGCCUCUUAUUGUCCAGUCACUUUUGAAGUCCUGGACAUUCCUACAUUUCAUAUAUACUGGUGUUUUACUAACAAUCAGGGUUUCUUUGUUCUGUUUGCACAAAAUAGCUAAAAGAAGAUAUUUUUAAAAAUUCGUUCACUAUUCUCACAUUAAAUUUCUGACAUUAUUGAACUUUAGGGACAAAAUAUUAUUAACUGAAGCGUAGUAAUUGCUGAGAAUUUCAUAGCCCAGCGAAUCCUAAGAGGUAGUUGUUUCCUUAGUCUCUCCCUGUACAAGUUCACAGAACCAAACAAUAAAAUGAAAAUCCCUUGUUUUCAUUUUCACCCUGUCUUCCAGAGAACAAAUAAAUAUUAACAGUAGAAAGUAACUUCAUCAUAUGAGAAAGACUAGAAUUCUCUACACAAAGCAGCUGAAUCCUUAAGUUUUUUCCAUUUGUUUAGUUUUCGAGAUGGUGCUUUUAGAAAGACGUUUAAAAAGUUAAUUUUUUCCCAGCAUUUUACUAUGAAAAAUUUUCAGCAAAGUUUUUAAAAGAAAUAUAUAGUACACACGCUUAUGCAUACCACCACCUAGAUUCUAAAAUUGUAAGCUGCUAAUUUUUAAACAAAGGUGAUUCUACCAUUCUUUUCCUUUCAACAAGUGUCCAGUUAGAGGCUGUUGCCUCUACAGACAUCAACUCUCCUAGGUCAGAGGGCUCCUGGAUAUUUGCAGGCUUGUUUAAUUCAACAUGAGUUACCCGGGAGGUGGUCCUCACCAAAGUGUUUCCUGGUCUCCAUCUUUCAAACUCAUGUUGUAUUUCCCCUCUCCCUCAGAACAGAAUUUCUGUUUUCUUCUCCAACAUGCCUGUGUUCCAGUGAGGGUAAUUGUGAAGGUGCUGUGGUAGGGAUUUAUUCUAAUCUUUUUUGCUUUAUGAGACAUCCUCAGGACUCUGAAAUUAAGGCUCAAUCCUCAGACAAUAUGUAGCUUUAUAAUGGAAGUAGGUAGCAACUUGAAAUGAGACCAUUCUUAUUUUUUUCUUAAUUGAUUCAUGCACUUUAACAACGUUUUUAUCUGUUAUUUAGGAAAGAAAAUCUCAGACUUUAAAAUGUAUAUAUUGUCCCCUAUAAUAUGUAUGUGGAAGAAUUAAAUAUGAAAGCUCACUCUAUCAUUUUAAUCAGUGGGAUUAGAUAUUAUUGUAAAACAUAUACUAAAUAUCUGAGUUGAUAUGUUUUUGAUGAGCCUUCCCAAGUCCCUUUGAAAGAAUUAGGUGAAACCCAAAUCCCAAAGCCUGUAUUUUUAUGUUUAUUUUUUUAAACUACUUUUCUGCAAAAGCUUGCUUUAUAACCACAAAGUAUGUGGUUCUAAGUUACACUAUUGAGUGAUCCUAAUAUUUACAUAAAAGACUGUUGUGUAAGAACAAGCGGCAUGAGUGAAAGUUUUGUAUAGCUUGAGAACUGCCUUUUUAAAUUGAUAGUAAGGAAUGAAAACAAUAAAGUGAAGGGAAGAGAGAAAAGUUACCAAAUGUAUCCUGGAAUUUUGCUCAUAUCCCAAUUUUGUUUCGUUCUUAAUUUGCAUUUCAUUAGUUGGAAAUGUUCUUUAAGCCAGAAGCCUCACAGGUUCUCAUUAUGCUUGUUUUGGAAAUCCCAAACCCAUUUUGCUGUCUUUUCCAAUAGUACCAACUUUAGAUGUGCUUUUUAGUAGCUCUUCUAUGGUAAGUAUAACCCUGGCCUGAAGAGAGGGACUAGCCUCUCCAUUUCCUACUGAUGUCUUGAUUGUCUCUGGUAUUGUUUAGCACUGGCAACUUGAUGUCCAAGGCCUCAGAUUUCCUGAUUAACCAGAAUUAAAUAAUAGUGAUAUGAAAUUGAGUAGAUAAAGCAAUCAGUCAUGGUUGGGAGUAGGGCUUUGUUCUUUAAACCAGAAGCCUCACUGGAAGGAGGGAUUAUGACAUUUAGUCCCACAUGGGGCUACCUGGGUAACCCGCGUAUGGCUGCAGCCGGAACCCUUGUUAACCUUACCAAGUGGGUGAAGAGGAUGUGACAAUACUGUGCUGAUGAGGAUGACAAAUUAAUUGAGUUGGCUUAUAAAUAGAGCAAGCCCUGUGUCUGUGGGAACUAUAUUCUGUUGCUGGCUGUAAGCAUCACGUCAUGUGAGCUUGCAGCUCUUCAGCGUUCUCCGAGUCUGACUUCAGGGCCCACCAAAGGAACCAGUCUCCUGUGGGCAGUGACUCUGGCGUCCUUCAAAGGAGAACCUCCUGGGAGCUGGUUCCUGGUGUCCUCUCUUCUGGGAACGGGGGCAGGCCUUUCAUCAAGCACUGCUUUGGUUCUGUUGAUAACCCGGUUAUAGUCUGUGUUGCCCCUUUGCUCUGUCUGACCAGUCCAGCACCUGUGGAAUAGUCUAGCAUCAAUUACUUUGAUAUCUACCUAGUAAUUUACAUAAUGAGGUUAGGGUACGAUUUGGGACCCAAAGAGAAAAAAGCUUUGCCGUGGCGCCGGAUUUCAGAAAUCACUGCUCCGUCUGGAGCGUUGCAUUGUCCUUGCCUGAAUCAAGACAGCCAAAGCCCACCCCCGCCCCUGUCGGAACCUCUUGUCACCAAGCUGAGAAAGCCCAAUUAAUUGUCCAAAGCCUUGAUAGUGGGGUUUAUUUACAAAUAGUCAUUCCCUCAAAAUCUAAGUCCAAAGGCAGGACUGGCUUUGAAAUUAUUUCCAGUCCUGGUCCUUGCUUUUAGUGUGUGAUGUCUAUUAUAUGUACUUUGAUUUCUUUUAGGCCCCAGACACAUGGACCAGAGCAAAUUUCAUGGCUCUUCUUCACUCUAAGAGCUGAGGGGAAGGUGCCCAGUAAUCUAGAGAACAGACUUUUAAAAUUAAAUUCCACGGUUUUAUGUCACUUUAAGCACGUAGUUUUGGCUUAUUGAGGGGUAAAAUACUAUACAUAUGUGAAAUGAUUUUCAGGGGACAAAGUAUAUCUUCUAAAAAUUCUGACAUAGUGAGCAAUUCUAAACUUUGGGCUUGAAUAUUAUAGUGUAUAGGGUUAGAAGAGCCCUUAAUUGGCAGUCACGGUAAGGGGUUCUCUUCCGGAACUCUCAUCCUCGCUUAGGGUUAAAAUGCCUUGUCUGUGAUGUUCCUUGUGAUUGGUUGUUUUGUUGUGUGUUUUUUUUUUUUAAAUAAAGAAUUUAUAUAUUUUUACAGAGAAGGGAAGGGAGGGAAAAAGAGAGAGAGAGUAACAUCGAUCUGUAAGAGCAGUAUCAACCAGUUGUCUUUCGCAUGCCUGCAACCAGGGACCUGGCCUGCAACCCAGGCAUGUGCCCUGACCAGGAAUCAAACGGGUGACAUUUUGCUUUGCAGGACGAUGCCCAACUCACUGAGCCGCACCAGUCAGGGCUGUUACUGUUGAUUUUUAGGUUCAGGCAAAAAUCAUCUGAAAAACUUAAUUCCUUCUAUUGUGUCCUAAAUAGUACAUUCAACUAAGAAAUUCCAUAAUAAAAAUUCCACUAAUAUCCCUUUCUGAGAUUAUUGUCCCGUAAAUGAAAAAAAAAUUUUCUUUUGUUUAUUCAAGCUGAACUAUUGCCAUUUAGCCUUGUACCCAUGUUUCCUUAAUAAUGGGAAGUGUUUUGAAAUUUCCAGAAGCAAGCUGCUUCAUAAUCAAAGCAAUGGGUUACGAGAAAGCCAUUUGAAUAUGGAUAAUUGGAGUAGAGGGAGGUGCUCGAGGAUUUCCUAAGCUGCUUCCUGCCAUACAGCUUAUUUCUGAAAGGCCUGCUUGGGUGCCGUGCACUGAGCUGUGUCAGUCAGUUGAAAGACGAUCACGCUUUCUUGGUAAAUAUUUAAGCAAUUGGCAGCCACAAAGGCAUUUUUCCUUUAUUGUUCUAUAUCAUGUAUUUAUGCUGACAUUACAAAAAGGAGUCUGAAAGGGAAACAGUCUUAUAUUUAAAAUACAGACAUUUUAUUUAAAAUAUCUUAGCCAAUCAUUCAUUACAGUCACCUUGUUUUACAUGUUCCUGUCAUGAGAAAUGCUGUCAACAUCUCCUGAGACUUUCAAGAGCUCUGUACCAAGUUGUUAUUUAAUCAUUAUGUCCUGCUGAGUGGUUUUUCCUUUAAAACCAUAUUUUACCACCCUGUGGCACUGAAUGUGUUGCUGUGAUACACAGGUGAUCCUGAGCUAUGGUUCUUGAUAUAGCUCAGUUCUUGUGUUUUUAUAUAAUGUAACAGUUUUGUGAUGCUUUUGUGCAUUCUUCCUCUUCUGAGUUUUGAAAUCUGUCAUAAAUAAACUUUUUCACUAUGCACCUGAAACAUUUGAGUUAUAUCUUAACCUAAUUUACAUUUAAAAAUUUCAUUCAUCUCUCCUCUGCAUCUUGAAAGGUA